AUGGAGGUGGAACAACGGCCACCGGUGGAGAAUACAGAGAGGCACCUGGAGGAACGGUCUGCGAAUAGAGUCCCCUCCUCCCCGCGACGAGAUCGGGACAGGCGAAAUGGGGAGGGCUCCCCAAACCAUCACUCUGCGCCACGAGGCAGAGAUACGACUGUCGCGAAACCUAGGACCGAGGAAGAGAAGCAAGCUGCGGCCAAGGCCGAAUAUGAAAAGCUAUUGAAUAUGCGAUCAGGAGGGACUUAUAUACCGCCGGCACGGCUACGAGCCCUCCAGUCUCAAAUCACAGACAAAAGCAGCAAAGAAUACCAGCGCAUGGCAUGGGAAGCUUUGAAAAAGUCAAUAAACGGAUUGAUCAACAAAGUCAAUGUCUCAAAUAUCAAGUACAUCGUGCCCGAGCUCUUUGGGGAGAAUCUGGUUCGAGGCCGAGGCCUAUUCUGCAGAAGCAUCAUGAAGGCGCAGGCUGCCAGUUUGCCGUUCACGCCAAUAUACGCAGCAAUGGCAGCUAUCGUGAACACGAAACUUCCUCAAGUUGGAGAGCUUCUGCUUAAACGUCUUAUUGUUCAGUUCAAAAAGGGUUUCAAGCGGAACGACAAGGCUGUAUGUCUUUCGUCGACAACUUUCAUUGCUCAUUUGGUCAAUCAACAGGUUUCCAGUGAGAUCCUCGCAGCGCAGAUUCUGUUGCUCCUUCUUCACAAACCGACAGAUGACAGUGUUGAAAUUGCCGUUGGUCUUACCAGAGAGGUGGGACAACACCUAGAGGAGAUGAAUCGUCCUGUUGCGUUGGCUGUGUUUGACCAGUUUAGAAACAUUCUGCAUGAGGCGGAUAUUGACAAGAGAGUUCAGUAUAUGAUUGAGGUGCUUUUCCAAGUUCGCAAGGAUCAGUACAAGGACAACCCCGUCAUCAAAGAGGAACUUGAUCUUGUGGAGGAAGAAGACCAGAUCACGCAUACGACAGCUUUGGACGAUGAGAUCGACGUCCAAGAUAGCCUGAAUAUCUUCAAGUUUGAUGCGGAAUGGGAAGAACACGAGGAGGCGUACCGAGCUUUAAAGGCUGAAAUACUUGGAGAGGGGAGCGAUGAGGAGGGCGAUGAAGAUGACGAAAGCGAUGAAAGCGAGGAUGAUGACGAGAAGCAGGGGGAGAAAGCUUUAGAGAUCAAGGACCAGAGCAAUACCGAUCUAGUGAAUCUCCGACGAACUAUAUAUUUAACGAUCAUGUCCAGCAUCGAUCCAGAAGAAUGUUGUCAUAAGCUGAUGAAAGUGACACUACCGGCUGGCCAGGAACCAGAAUUACCAUCGAUGGUCAUUGAGUGCUGCUCUCAGGAGAGGACCUACUCGAAAUUCUACGGCCUGAUUGGGGAGCGCUUUGCUAAGAUCAAUCGUCUAUGGACCGAUCUCUUUGAGCAAUCAUUCGUCAAAUACUACGAAACCAUUCACCGAUACGAAACAAAUCGACUAAGGAACAUCGCUCGCUUUUUUGGCCAUCUUCUCAGUUCCGAUGCUAUUGGAUGGCAUGUCCUCUCCGUGGUUCACCUCAACGAAGAAGAAACGACGUCCAGCAGCCGGAUCUUCAUCAAAAUCCUAUUUCAGGAGCUCACUGAGGCAAUGGGCAUGGCCAAGUUACAGGCUCGCCUGAAAGAUGAUAUUCUGCAACCUUAUUUCGAGGGUCUUUUCCCUCAUGAUAACCCUCGUAACACAAGAUUCUCGAUCAAUUACUUUACCAGCAUCGGCAUGGGCGCGGUAACAGAGCAGAUGCGCGAAUACCUUCAGAAUAUGCCUAAGCCGGCGCUUCCUGCGCCGCCAGCGCCAGCUGGUGAUUCUGACUCUGACUCGGGGAGUUCAGUGUCUAGUUAUUCGUCAUAUACAGGCUCCUCAUAUUCGAGAUCCCGUUCGCGGUCUCGAACCCCUUCUAGGACUCGCGCUCUGCCCCGGCGACGCUCUAUUUCACCAACUCCACCUCGAGAUGUCAGGGGAAGGGGAAAUCAGAGGGGGCGAAGUUUGACAAGAUCCAUCUCCAGAUCUGUUACUCCGCCACGGCGUACCAAAGGUCGGGAAUCGCUCUCGGUUACACCUCCACGAAGGGCACACAGAGAUACAAGCUACUCGAGGUCACCGCCUCCAAGACGAGGCCGGAGAGAUUCUUUUUCAGUCACCCCCCCUCCAAAGCGAGGCAGAGCAGUUAGUGAUUCGAGAUCCCCCCCUCGACGGGACCGUAGCCGCAGAAAUACUUCAUCUGUGAGCAAUUCGCCCCGGCGUCGUGAUGUCAGUAUAUCAAGAUCCCCGCCACCACGCCGACCUGCAAGGAGAGAGGAUUAUUCUGUAACCCCACCUCGCAGAGGUCGCAGGGACGAUAGUUAUUCAAGAUCCCCGCCACGGAGACGCGUUCGCCGUGAUAGCAGAUCUGUUACGCCACCCAUGAAGAGAAGGAGAGAUUACAGCAAUUCCAGGUCACGGUCACCUGCUCCAAAGCGUGGCCGGCGAUAG